UGGAAAGACCUGCCUACCGGGAUUAGACACAGCGCUAUUUUGGAGCUCUUGUCACAUUGCUCGUCAGAUUCAUAGCGCUGCUGGGCUGGGUCACGCUGCUAGGACUCGACACAAAUAAACACCAAGAAAGAGCAUUGAAACCGGGUUAAUUUAAAAAGUUUCAUAGUUCGUCACUUCAUUAGUGUUUCUGCUUUGACAUACCUCUGGAAGUUACCGAGUGUAAAUACUUUGGCGUUUGCGAGACACACGACGCUUCUGAAACUUUUGCGUGCGGAACGACGUUGAAAGACGAAAUGGGCGAGAAUGAUAUUCAAAUGGAGAGUACAGAGCAAAUGCAGGAGCCUCACGCUUCAACCUCGGACAAAAUCGACUUGUCAUUAGACGACAUUAUAAAGCUGAAUAAGAAGGAACAGAAGGCAAACAGAGCUGCCAACAGAGCUAAAACUAAACGUGCUGUUAACAGGAACAACGUCUUGAAGAAACUCCACCAGGUUCCGCAGCAACAGAGGGGACUCAGACGAGGAGCGCAGCAGUACCAAGGGCCUGGCAGGGUGAGAGGUUUAAGGAGACAAAGAGGAUCUGGGAGGGGCAUGAUUUCGAGAAGGGAUUCACUAAAUAGAGCUGCUGCUGCUGCCACGACUGGUGAGCAGUUUGAUCAGAGCACAUUCACAUCGAGGGGAACAUUCAGAGGACGGGGAAGAGGUAGAGGAAGAGGAGGCGGACUGAGCAGGGGUGCAUUCUCAACAAGAGGACAAAGGGGUGGAAGACCAUUUGUAUUAGACAGAGGGUUUGCCGCUACAAAAAGAGCUGAGAAACUACAAAAGUAUCAGACAAUAAGAAGUCGAAGAACAGCACCAUCUGGCUCCAUGCUGACAGUUUCCCUGCCAAAUGCUAAAUCUGCACCUGUCGCUGUGAAGACGUCUAAUCAGACUAGGAGGGGUGGGGCAGUGUUAAGAGGCAGAUCAUCUAGAGGAGCCAGUACUUCUUCACUUCAGGGGAUUCAUCUGCAAUUUAACUACAAAGCAACUACUAACCAGACUGCCGUAUACCUUAAUGACCGUUUCACUGACCUGAGGUUAAGAGGCCAAGGACGAGGCCGGGGAAGAGGAAGAGGAGCUGUUGGAGAAGGUGGAAGAGGUGGAGGAAGAGGAAACAUUGUUGGGGGUGGACAAGGUAGAGGACAAGGAAACAUUGGUGGUGUAAGAGGCAGAGGAAGAGGAAACUUUAUGAGGGGUGGCAGAGACAGAGGCAGAGGAAGAGGAAACUUUAUGGGGGGUGGCAGAGACAGAGGCAGAGGAAACAUUAUGGGGGGUGGCAGAGGAAGAGGAGGGGUUGGUGUGACAAGAGGAGGAAGAGGCUUGAGAAGAGGGAGGGGAGGAUCAAGAGGAGCCGAUCGAACAGUAACUCUUCAGUGAUUAGAAUUACAUCCAUUCAAUUUUAUGAAGUAAUAGUAUUUACUGAAAAAUUCAUUUUUGGUAAAAAAAAAAUAAUUUUGGUGCAUCACUGUUUACUGUAAUAAUGUCGUUCAACUUAAUAUCUGUAACAUUUCUGACAGCGGGAUAAGGGGUUUUUAUUGCUGUGUACAAACAAAAAAAAUGUCCUUUUUAAAAGAAAAUGUAAAUUAUUGAUUGUUAUAUGAUGAAGGUUUUUACAUUUUUAGGUUAUGAAAAAAUAAAAUGUUAAAAAGUACCUCAUACAGUGUAAAUACUGUUUUGCAUUCUGAUAUUAGAAGGAAAACUCAGCGAUAAAAACUGAAUCCUAUACUUUAAACAAAAUGUAAAAAAUAUAUAUCAAAAGUUGUUUACAUUUGAUAUCAUCAUAUCAAUAAACACCAAACAAUGAACAGUU